AUGCGGCUUGGGCUGUGUGUGGUGGCCCUGGUUCUGAGCUGGACGCACCUCACCAUCAGCAGCCGGGGGAUCAAGGGGAAAAGGCAGAGGCGGAUCAGUGCCGAGGGGAGCCAGGCCUGUGCCAAAGGCUGUGAGCUCUGCUCUGAAGUCAACGGCUGCCUCAAGUGCUCACCCAAGCUGUUCAUCCUGCUGGAGAGGAACGACAUCCGCCAGGUGGGCGUCUGCUUGCCGUCCUGCCCACCUGGAUACUUCGACGCCCGCAACCCCGACAUGAACAAGUGCAUCAAAUGCAAGAUCGAGCACUGUGAGGCCUGCUUCAGCCAUAACUUCUGCACCAAGUGUAAGGAGGGCUUGUACCUGCACAAGGGCCGCUGCUAUCCAGCCUGUCCGGAGGGCUCCUCAGCUGCCAAUGGCACCAUGGAGUGCAGUAGUCCUGCGCAAUGUGAAAUGAGCGAGUGGUCUCCGUGGGGGCCCUGCUCCAAGAAGAAGAAGCUCUGUGGUUUCCGGAGGGGCUCCGAGGAGCGGACACGCAGGGUGCUCCAUGCCCCUGGGGGGGACCAUGCUGCCUGCUCUGACACCAAGGAGACCCGGAGGUGCACAGUGAGGAGGGUGCCGUGUCCUGACGGGCAGAAGAGGAGGAAGGGAGGCCAGGGCCGGCGGGAGAAUGCCAACAGGAACCUGGCCAGGAAGGACAGCAAGGAGGCAGGUGCUGGCUCUCGAAGACGCAAGGGGCAGCAACAGCAGCAGCAGCAAGGGACGGUGGGGCCGCUUACAUCUGCAGGGCCCGCCUAGGGACACUGUCCAGCCUCCAGGCCCAUGCAGAAAGAGUUCAGUGCUGCUCUGUGUGAUUGAAGCUUUCUUGAACUGGAACGUCGGGGGCAAAGCAUACACACACACUCCAAUCCAUCCAUGCAUACAUAGAUACAGGACACACACACUCAAACCCCUGUCCACAUAUACAACCACACAUAACUUGCACACGUGUGUGUGCAUGUACACACACAGACACCACACACACACACACACACACACCUGAG